UGGCUUUGCAAAUCAAUUUGGGACGGAUGAGGUAAUUAAUAUAUUUUAGACAAACUAUAGUAGUACAAAUUUAAUAAACCACACUUCGGUCCGGUUCGGUCUGGUUCGGUUCGGUACCGGUUCUCAUUUUAUGAGGACCGGUCAUGGCAUUAUUUGGAACCGGUUCGGUUCGGGACAAAAAAUUUUGAGAUCCGUUUCAAACCCCGUUUAUCGGUCCGGUACCAUACCGGUCCGGUUCGGUAUCAUGUCGGUUCGGUAUUUUUGCCGAUUCUGGUGAACACCACUGCCCGAAUAAUCACCACCGUUGAUAGGGGUUCGGUGAACACUGAUGCCCAACAUUGACCACCACCACCACCCAAUAUUGACCGCUGCCACCCGCUCCUCCACCACACGCAGAGUUCUGCCCCACCAUCAUCACCGCAUCCCAACCCGCAUCAGCCAAGCCCUGCCCCACACCUAUCAGCCUAGCUACGCCCCACGCCCACAAGUGCUGCCCCACUCCGACCAGACCAGCCCCAGCCAAGCCCCAACUGGUAGCACCCAACCCUCCAACUGGCAGCCCCCGACCCUAGCCCCCAACCGCCAUCAACAACCACUGCUCAUAACCCCUAGCCGCCAGCCCAUUGACCUCGCCCUAGCACCAAAAUCUCACGCAGUAGAAACCCUAGCCUACAGGAUAGGUGAAGAUCGUCGUCAUUGCAACAGCCCAUUAGAAGCGACUGUAGAUCUCGGAGAAGAGAAGAAGAUGACUUGCGGCGAUGGUGGUUCGGAUAUGGCUUGUGCCGAUAGAGGCGCAGCUCUAGAUUGCAGUGAUGAAGGCGCGGCGAUGGAGGUGUAGCUCUGGAGGCACGAUGAUGGAGAAGCAACUUUGGAGGUGCGGCUAUGGAUCUGUGGCUCUGCUUGGGGUGUUAGAUGUACGCUGCAGGAAGGUCGAAGGCGAAGAUAUUUCAAAGGACGGGAGAAGGGUAUUUCAGUCCAGUUUG